CUUUUUUAUUAUUAUUAUUAUUUUGAAGUAGUUUUUGCAUCACUGCUCCUGACAGUGAUCACAGAGCUCCUGAUGAGGAGAGAAACCAGUCUGGUGUGUUUGAUCAGGGUGUAACUUAAACACAGAGCUGUCCCAUAAGGCUGGUGCAGGUCGGAUCCUAACAAUGGACACACUGCAGCUGAUCCCUGGCUCCCAUGUUGAAGCAGUAACCUGAUAGCUGCUUGUUCACAGCGAAGGAGAGUCAAGUCUUGACAGCUUCAGCAGAGAAGGUCCCCCCGUUUCUGCGCUUCUGAGCAUCUCGUGGAACUCGCUCCUGCGCCACUUCAUCUGUAAAACUUUCCGCGAUGAGAAACACUUCCGAGUGCGGGGACGACGCGUGAGACGCCUGGGCACCGUCUAUUUAGUGGAAGCCUCGUUAUCUCUGCAGUGAUGGUGCGCUUUUACGCGCUGUGGAUGGGAACUCUCCUCCAGUUCUGUCAUGCGACGAUUUACACCAACGACUGGGCGAUCAGAAUAAGAGCUGACCUGGACACUGUCAACAGGAUAGCAGAGAAAUAUGGAUUUACUAACAUGGGUCAGAUCGGAUCCCUGAAGAGUUAUUACAGAUUUCGGCACCACGGGACAGCGAGGCGGUCCAAUGUGUCCAACAGCGAGCUGACUCUUAGCAUCGGCAAGGAGAUCAAGGUGGAGUGGCUCCAGCAGCAGGUCGUCCAGAGAAGAACAAAGCGGAGACCCGGAGCCAGCACCAUCUACUCUACUGGCACAAAGACCAAACACCUUCCCACUGCUCCUCCUCGGUCCAGCCGCACCCGGACGCUGCACUACAAUGACUCAAUGUGGAACAGCCUCUGGUACAAUCACUGCAGCGAGUCCAAAGGCUGCCCGGCUCGUAUGAACAUUGCGGAGGCCUGGAGGAGAGGGUACACUGGGAAGGGUGUGGUGGUGUCUGUCCUCGAUGAUGGCAUUGAGAGGGAGCAUCCGGAUCUUGAGCCAAAUUAUGAUCCUCUCGCCAGUUAUGAUGUGAAUGGACAAGACCGCGAUCCCUCUCCCAAUUAUUCCGACGAUGCUUCCAACUACCAUGGGACUCAGUGCGCGGGGAUGGUUGCCGCGGCUGCAGUUUACUCUCACUGCACAGUCGGAGUCUCUUUCCAGGCACGGAUCGGCGGUAUCCGUAUGAUGAACGGAGACGUGACAGACAUCGUAGAGGCCCAGUCACUGAGCUUCAGACCUCAGCAUAUUGACAUCUACUUAGCCAGCUGGGGGCCGGAGGAUGACGGGGCCACUUUGGAAGGGCCCGGACCUCUGACUCGGCUCGCCUUGCAAAAUGGCAUCAAAACAGGCCGGCAUGGGAGGGGCUCUGUCUUCGUCUGGGCGUCAGGGAGCGGAGGGCUGAGAGGUGACCAUUGCUCAUGUGACGGCUACUGCAGCAGUAUCUACACUAUCUCUGUCAGCAGCAGCAGCACUCAGCGGGGCAGCCAGCCAGAUUACCUGGAGCGGUGCUCCUCCACUCUGACGACAGCUUACACUGGUGGGCAGAUAGAGGAAACGGCAACGCUGGGUCCGCGGCAGAGCUGCAGCCGGGCUAAAUCCUCGACCUCCCUCUCCUCCUCCGUGGCUGCAGGCAUCAUCGCUCUCACUCUGGACGCCAACCCCUCGCUAACCUGGAGGGAUGUGCAGCACAUUAUCGUCCGAACAUCAAAAUCUCAUCCUCUCAUCGCUCCUGACUGGCGCGUUAAUGGAGCUGGGUACAAAGUGAGCCACCUAUAUGGCUUUGGCCUGCUGGAUGCUGCGAGCAUGGUGAAGGAGGCCGAGCGCUGGAAACAAGUUCCCUCGCAGCAUGAGUGUGUGGAGGAGGCCCCCAUCCAUGUGAGAAGAACUAUUCAUCCCGGCUCCGUGCUGACGUCUGUGUACGAGAGCGCCGGCUGCUCCGGCAGGGCCCUGCAGCGCGUUGUUUAUGUGGAGCAUGUCGUGGUCCGUGUUACCAUCACUCACGGGCAUCGCGGCGACCUUUCCAUUACGCUCGCGUCCCCUUCAGGCACCGUGUCGCAGCUGCUGGCAAACAGGCCUCUUGACGACUCCACAGAGGGAUUUCAGAACUGGGAAUUCAUGACGACUCACUGCUGGGGGGAGCAGGCAGCAGGGGAGUGGACUUUGAAAAUCGAGGAUACUCCCUCCCAGAAGAGAGACGCCGCUGAACUCGGGACGCUGGAGGAGUGGUCCCUGGUGAUUUACGGCACUGCGGAGCGGCCAUAUCCCGCACAUCGUGUGCGAGUCCGAUCGGCCGAGACGCCGAUGGACGGUGACAUCACUGAGGAGUACAGCGGACCCUGCGACCCAGAAUGCAGUGACGAUGGUUGUGAGGGGCCCAGCCCGCAGCAGUGUGUCACGUGCUUACACUUUUUUCUCAAGUUCAAGAACAACACAAGGACGUGCGUAUCAGAGUGUCCCAGGGGAUUCUGGGGUGACCGUCGCCGUUGUAAGAGGUGCUUCUCCUCCUGUGUGAGCUGCACCGGGAGUCGCAGCGAUCAGUGCACUUCCUGUAUACCUGGUCAUUACCUGACCGAGGGGACCAACACCUGCACAGCCCACUGUGGGGACGGCUACUACCUCGACCACGAUGCAAAUAUGUGCAGAAAGUGUAGUGAAAACUGCUUGAAGUGCACCUCCUACAGCAUCUGCACGGAAUGCAAACCAGACACAAGUCUGCAGGGGAAUCGGUGCCAGCAGAGCUGCGCGCCGGGGUUCUACCACGAAAAGCAGGAGGGCGCAUGCCUGCCCUGUCACGAGGCCUGCGCUACCUGUGCAGGUGCAGGUGUCGAAAAAUGCAAUCGCUGUGCAGAAGGCUACUUGAUGGAGGAGUGGAGGUGUGUGCCCUCCUGCAGUGCCGGCUUCUACGCCACAGAGCCAAACCCAGAGAUAGCUGAUGGGCACAGGAUAUGUAGGAGGUGUGACGCCAGCUGUCUCACCUGUGUGGGGCCGAGCCGGGGGAACUGCAGCAGCUGUUCCAGCGGUCACAGCCUGCAGGAUGGAGUGUGUGUUGUUAACACCGAGUGCACAGACGGACAGUACCACGACAGCAGCGGGAAGUGCCACGCAUGCGAUGCAACGUGUCUGAAGUGCACAGGGCCGCACGGAGAAGACUGCAUCAGCUGUGUUUCUUCACAGGCUCUGGACGACGGCCGCUGCGUGGAGGAGUGUGCCAAGGGCAAGUUCCGGUCAGGUGGCCGGUGUCACCUGUGUGACCACACCUGCGCCACCUGUGUGGAUGCAGGAGCUGCCAACUGUACCAGCUGUGACACCGACAAGUUUGGAAUGGAGCGCUACCUGUACACAGGCCAGUGUCUGGACGCCUGCCCCGAGGCCUUCUACCACACCAAAGAGAGGAGCUGCGAGCGCUGCUCGGACCACUGCCGGCUCUGCACAAGCCCGACUCACUGCCUCAAGUGUAACUCAUCCUACUACGUGUCCGGCGGAGUGUGUGCCAAGCUGGAGUGUGGAGAAGGGGAGGUGGAGGAUCCAGAUUACGACGACUGCAUGGCCUGCGAGGAGGGCUGCAGGAAGUGCGUCCUGUAUAACCCCAGGCAUUGCCUGUCCUGCAUUGAGGGCUUUUACAAUUUUCAGGAUGGCUGCUACAAAAACUGCCCGGCGAAGACAUACAGCGUGGAAGAGGACAUGACCUGCGUUCCGUGCGAUGACAACUGUGUGAGCUGCGAUGUACACGAGUGCUACUGGUGUGAGACCGACCUUUUCUUAUCAGAGGGGAGUUGUGUUUCAGAGUGUCCCGAUGGUUUCUAUGGCGACGAAGACACCAACGACUGCGAGGAGUGUCACCACGGUUGUGUGACAUGUAGCGGCCCGGAGGACGAUGACUGCCUGUCGUGUGAGGAGGCGAAGACGCUGGAAAACGGAGAGUGUGUGUCCGACCACGAGGUCUGUCCCAUUAAGACCUUUCGCAGCGAUGACGGAGCGUGUGAGGACUGCCACCCGUCCUGUGAGUCCUGCUCUGGAGAAGAGAAGAAUCAGUGUACGAAAUGUGCACAAGGCCGGUUUCUGACCACACAGCAAACAUGUGUGUCAAAGUGUCCGGGGGGUUUCUUCGCCAGCCGGCUGAGCGGCGUGUGCGAGUCCUGCCCUCCAGGCUGUUUACAGUGUGUGGACGCUCAGCGCUGCAGCCGCUGUCAGAGCACUCGUAAAGCUCAGUAUUUCCUGCAGGAUGGACAGUGUGUCCAGGAGUGUGUCAGGGGUUAUCCUGCAGGCCAGGUGUGUCGGAGCUGUGCGGCGGGCUGUGCGUCGUGUGUGAAGAACGCCACGCACUGCCUCAGCUGUGAAGAACCUCUCCUCCUACACAAGCGCCAGUGUGUGGACGAGUGUCCUCCAGCGCACACCGUGCGGGACGGGGAGUGCCAGCACUGCCCGUCAGCCUGUCAGGAGUGCAGCCCACUCGGGUCGUGCACAGGCUGUGAGGAGUAUCACUUUCUCCACGAAGGCCUGUGUGUGCUCGACUGUCCCGAGAGGUUCUUUGAGGACAACGAGCAAAGGGAGUGUUUGCGUUGCCACCCCGACUGCGCUUUGUGCGACGGCCCAAACAACAAUGACUGUGAUACCUGUGCAGACCCGGAGGCCACUCUGCAUAAUGGAGCAUGUCUGGCAGCCUGCCCCUCUCAUACCUAUAGAGACGCGUUAACAGGAGAAUGUAAAGACUGUGAUGCCUCUUGUCUUACCUGCUCUGGGCCCCACGCCGGCUCCUGCACCAGCUGCAGAGACGAUCAGAAGCUGGACGGCCACGCUCAUUGUCAGCCAUCAGCCAACAAGUGCUCGCCUCGCCAGUACGCGGACCGGGACGGGGAGUGCCAUCCGUGUCACAAGUACUGCCACGGGUGCUCGGGUCCCGGCAAGUCUCACUGCCUGAGCUGCAACCAGAGACAUCUCCUGCUCAAUGGCACCUGUGUGGCAGAGUGCCCAGCAGGCUACUACCAGGACGAGUCGGGGCAGAAAUGCGAGCCGUGCCACCCUUCCUGUCAGUCCUGCGUCGGAGGGCACAGCCACGAGUGCCUCGCAUGCAAAACCCACCUAUUCCGUGAGGGCAAAGAGUGCGUGGAGACCUGCCAGCACAGUCACUAUGGAAACACGGCCUCGAGGACGUGCGAGAAGUGUGACCCGAGUUGCGGCGAGUGCAUCGGGGGUGGCGAGGACAGCUGCCUGAGCUGCCCCCCGGGUCUCAUCUACUUGCGGAAAGAAGGCCGGUGCCUCCCCUCGUGCCCGCAGGGAUCCUACCACGACGCAGCGCACAGGACCUGCGAGCCCUGCCACGCCAGCUGCAGGGCGUGCUCAGGAGAAGACUCCCAGUCAUGUGACUCCUGCUUCCCUGGGUACCUGCUCUCAGACGGCGUGUGUGAGUCCAUGUGCGAUGUCGGCCGCUACCCCGUAAUGAAGGGUUCAGGCCACGCUUGCGAGGACUGCGACAGCUCCUGUCUGGAGUGUCGGGGGCCCGGUCCAGCCAACUGCACCGAGUGUCCAUCUCAGGCCAUCUUAGAAGCUGGAGGGCGCUGUCUGCUUUGUUGCCGCCAUGAGGGGGAGGAAGAGGAGGAGGAAGAGGAGGCGGAGGAGGAGGCCUCGACGCAGCAGCAGGACUGCUGUAACUGCACUGAGACUCGAGGCGUGUGCGUCCUCAGCACCAACUUGGCGUUCAGGAACGAGGAGGAAGAGGAGGCCAGCGGUAACCUGGCAGUGUUCAUCAUCGCCUGCAUCCUGUUGGUGUUUGGACUGGUGGCUGUCGUCUUCCUCGUCAGACACUCCCGCUCCAAGAGUGCGCCCCCGGACAUCCCUCCCCGAGGCUAUGAGAAGCUGGGCUCUGGCGGGGGCUACGGGGGUGGCAGCAGAAUCGGCGGCUACAGCUCCUCUUCCUCCGCGAGCUACGGCGGCCGCGCCAGCUCCUCCGGCGGUCGGUUCAAGGAGGCUGAGUUGGUUGACAUUGGCGAGCGCCGCUUGGGGAGUAAGGAUGACGACGACGACGACGAUGAAGACGAGGACAUUGUUUACAUGGGCCAGGACGGCACCGUCUACAGAAAGUUCCGGUACGGACAGCUGGGGGAGGACAACGAGGACGAGCUGGAGUACGAUGAUGAGAGCUACACAUUCAGAUGAAGCACAAAAGAAUCUCUCUGUGGAAACACUUCUCCUUUCUCUUCUCUUCCUCGCUCCUCUUCCUCCCUCUGUGCUGUUUAUCUCCUCCUGCCCCGAGGGACAGACCCGUUUAUCCUUCACUGGAUAUGAGUUGAACCAAAUGAGACAUGAGAAGCUAUUUAUACUGAGCUAUCCAUUCACAAAAUGAAACAUGCUGCGGACAAUCCAACGUUGUUUUGCAUCCUUUGAGUUUUUACAUAAUUAAGGUUGAUUUUCUAGACUUAGUUUGGAGUAUAAACUAUUCCCACAUAUAUAUAUAUAUAUAACAUAAUUUAUCAUGAUCAUUUACCAGUUUUGACAGUUUUCUUUAAUCACAUUAUCCGUCUUUGAAAUUGUUGUGGUGUUGGAUUAAAAAGUUUAAGUUUAAUUAAUCAUUGUUUUCCCUUUGCUUUUUCUUUAUUCCCAAGUGUCUGCAGUCAUUUUGGAAACGUGGGUUCUGUUUUGAAUAAAGCCUGUUAGAAAA